ACCGAUUCAAUUAUUAUUUCUACCGUCCAGCGCUCACCUCAGCUCAAUCUCUCUCUCGUCCCUCUCGACCCUCUUUCUGUUUCUGCGAGAGUGAGACUGCAACUGCAGUACGUUGUCCAAAGAAGAAGAAGAAGAAGAAGAAGAAGACGACCGUCAUGUUAUCUUCUUCUCCUUCUGUUCCCACGUCGUCUUCUAUUACCAUUAAUGGCUCAUCUUCGCUCUCCUCCUCUUCUCCUGUCUCUUCCGGCCGUAUCCGCAUCAAACGCCGCUUCCCUCCUUCCCCUCACCCAUCCUUUCGCCCCCGCAGCACCGUCGCUGCCGCAUCCCCAUCCCCAUCCCCCGCCCCUCCCACUUCCGCUCCCCCUAGCAGUCCUUCUUCAUAUUCUCCUCUCGACGGAGACGAGGAGCUCUCCGUGGUCCUCUACAACCGCUGCAUCCGAGAUUGCUGCAGAGCAGGGGACAUCGACCUGGCCAUGUCUCUCCUUUCCCAAAUGGAGGCCAAAGGCUUCCUUCCCAGCCCUUCAUCUUACUCCUGCCUCAUUGAAACCCUGGGCUCCCUCGGCAGGACUUUAGAAGCCGAGGUCCUCUUCCAGGAAAUGGCCUCUUCCGGAUUCACCCCUCGCCUUCGCCACUUCAACCUCCUCCUCAGGGGAUUCCUCAGGAAAGGCCAGCUUGGGCUCGCGUCCAGGGUUUUAUCUGUCAUGGAUGAUUUAGGUAUCCAAAAGGAUCUCCACUCCUACGAGAUUCUCUUGGAUUACCACGUCAAUGCUGGCCGCCUAGACGACACUUGGUCUGUCAUCAAUGAGAUGACGCAUCGGGGCUUUCAGCUCAACUCCUUCGUCUACGGUAGGGUCAUUGCUAUUUACCGGGACAAUGGAAUGUGGAAGAAGGCCAUGGCCCUCGUAAGGGAAAUUAAGGAGAUGGUCGUCGUGCCUGAUCACCACAUCUACAAUGCCGUCAUUGAUACCUUCGGCAAGCAUGGCGAAUUAUCCGAGGCCUUGGAGGUGUUUGACAAAAUGGAACAGGAGGGCGUCACUCCAAACGUAAAUACUUGGAAUUCUCUGAUCCGGUGGCACUGCAAGGCAGGCCAUCUCGACACAGCCGUCGAGUUGUUUACCCGGAUGCAAGCACAGGGGUUAUAUCCCGACCCCAAGAUCUUCAUUACCAUAAUUAGCCGGCUCGGGGAGCAAGGGAAGUGGGAUCUGAUUAGGGAGAAUUUUGAGUAUAUGAAAUGCAGAGGACACGGAAAGAGUGGGGCUAUUUAUGCCGUGCUGGUCGAUAUAUAUGGCCAGUAUGGGAAAUUUCAGGAUGCCGAGGAGUGCAUAUCUGCUCUCAAGUCUGAAGGGCUGCGGCCUUCUGCUACCAUCUACUGUGUCUUAGCGAAUGCGUAUGCCCAGCAGGGAUUGUGGGAGCAGACAGUUAAGGUACUUCAGCUCAUGGAAGCAGAAGGGUUUGAGCCAAAUCUAAUAAUGCUGAAUGUGUUGAUUAAUGCAUUCGGUAUAGCUGGAAAGUAUUUGGAGGCACUCUCUAUUUACAAACACAUGCAAGAAAUUGGUAUUUGUCCUGAUGUAGUCACAUACAGUACGCUCAUGAAAGCAUUUAUCAGAGCACGGAAAUUUGAAAAGGUUCCUCAGAUAUACAAGGAAAUGGAGGCAAGUGGAUGCACGCCAGAUCGGAAGGCCAGGCAAUUGCUGCAGGCUGCAUUGACCAUCCUUGAACAGAAGCACUGUAAGUCUGAGAUCAGUAUCUACAAGCAUGUUUCUUGUAUCAUCUUUUGGCAUGUUCAUUCAAGAUAUUAUUGCACAUACCAACCUUCUAGUGUUCCUUUCUUUCUUCUUCUUCUUUUUAUUUAUUUAUUGUCAUUAAGGGGUUCAGGGUGGAACUUGAUAUGGUCUCUACCUUUGCUUCCUAGUUGGUGAUUGACUGUAGUGCCAGAAUAUUCCCGAGGAUCAUGGUGUUCUCUUUCAUUCUUCGUCGUGCAGCCAUUUAGAAACACUUGCGUAAAAUGCCUAUGUUAUUUCAUGGACUUUAACUAGCUCCUUGCCUUGUGCAUAUGUCAGGUUAGAGGAGACUAUUCGAGUUGAUACUGCAAAGUGUUUCUGGAAACGUGACCUGUUUCUAGAAACUUGCUUGCCUUAAUUUGACAAGGUUCAUGGAGAUGCAUGUAUAAAGUGAAAUAAAUGAACAGACACUUGGUAUAAUUUGGGUAUAUAGAUUGCAUCCUCUCUACUCCUUGCAAUUGGAGAGUACCAAAUUCACCUAAAAUUGUCAUCUGGAAAGGACAAAUUUGUAGCUAUCAACUGAAGGGAAAUUCUGACGGGUUUCUUCAAAGUUUGUAUUGCCAGUCAUGAUAAUGACAAUAUGAUUCUGCUGGAGAUGAUGAAUUUCUUGGAUGCGUUCUUCGAACUUCUAAUCAGCUAGCAUUCACAAGAUUUUGAAACACCGAAGAGAUAGUUAUGGCUCUGGAAGCUGCAACUCAUUCCUCAGUUACAACAUAGAAGGGGGAACGGUAACGGAGGCUUUGGUCUUCCCUGUUAUGUUGAAUUAUUUCUGGAUGGUCCAAACAUGAGUGCUCAAGCCUCGAGACUAGCUAUUAUAUAUCUUAAAAGAGGGGAAGAAGAGGACAUGAGAGUUUGGGUUUUUCAGUCAGUGAGGGGUAUUGCUUCCUGUGAGAGUAGCUUGAGCUGUGCUGCAUAGUAUGUUUCACUGUUAUCCUAUAAGUUACUAAAUUUCAAGCAGUCGCCAGUGUUCAGUGCUUA